AUGAGAAUUCAUCAGCCAGCCAUAAAAGCAAGACAUCUUGAGCCCUGGAAAAUUGCUCUAAUUGUUAUUGGAACAGCUGCAGCAGCGGCUAUCACCAUUGGUCUCCUAGUUUAUUUUCUGGCGUAUGAUCAGAAGCUGUUCUAUUACAGUGGCAAUGUAAAAAUCACCAACAUCCGAUACAAUAAUGACUUGUCCAGACAGUCCUCAGGAAGGUUUAGAGACCUGAGCGAGAGGGUGGAGAGACUGAUGCUACUGGAAAUCUUUGCUGCAGUACACGGUGUUCCUUAUCAGACUGUAUGGAACAUCUACGAAUUGGUCCAGGGUGAGGAGAAAAGGAGAAAGCUGUACAUGCUGGCGAUCGACAAGACAUUUUACAAUUCCAUUUUAAGGAAAAAAUACAUCAGUUCACGCUUAAUCAGAGUGAGCCCAGAUGCUGGUGGUGUGAUGGCAGAGGCUUUGCUCACAUUCCGGUUCUCCUCCACGGAUUCUAGAGAAGCAUUGCGAGAAAGAGUUGAAAGGAUCUUACAGAGAGGCCUGAAAAAAUACACAGGGCCCCUGCGAAUAAAUGUCAGAUCUUCUACCGUAUCAAAUAUGGAGAAGAAACGAGCAGAAGCCCUCUUCAAUGACACUGAAAUCGGGGCCUGGAUGAAAACUAGUGGGUCUUGGUCCAGCCAUUGGCCAGUCAAGUCAAUGGCAAAAUCAUCAUCAUUGCGAAUAGUCGGUGGAUUGUCUUCUGCAGAGACUGGGGACUGGCCGUGGCAAGCAAGUUUGCAGUACAAUAAUAUCCAUCGCUGUGGUGCAACACUCAUCAGCAAUACGUGGCUUGUAUCUGCAGCUCACUGCUUCAGAGACAUGAGUCACCCUCAGAAGUGGACUGCUACUUUUGGAGCUCUUUUGAAGCCAGCAAGCUUGAAACGAUCAGUCAAGACUAUUAUUAUUCAUGAAAAGUACCGCUACCCAGAACACGAUUAUGACAUUGCACUUGUGCAGCUCUCUAAACAAGUUGAGUUCACGAGUAGCAUACACCGCGUUUGUCUGCCUGAGCCAUUUCAGACUUUUCCAUACAAUAUUUUUGCUGUCAUCACAGGCUGGGGAGCGCUUACCAAUGACGGUCCAACUCCAAAUGCUCUUCAGGAAGCAACAGUGAAACUUAUCGACUCAAAGACUUGCAACAGAAAAGAAGUGUACGAUGGGGACAUAACACCCAGGAUGUUGUGUGCUGGAUACUUGGAAGGAGGAGUAGAUGCUUGUCAGGGGGACUCUGGGGGACCACUGGUUACUCCAGACUCUAGACUGAUGUGGUACCUCGUGGGAAUAGUGAGCUGGGGAGACGAAUGUGCCAAACCAAAUAAACCUGGAGUUUACACACGAGUGACUUAUUUCCGUGACUGGAUUACCUCAAAAACUGGCAUCUAA